CCGCGGCACGCGCGGGGCGGUGCGGGCGGGGGCCCGAGCCAGAGCCGCAGCGGGAGCGCGAGCGGCGAGCGGGGCUGUCCGAAAGCCCGCGGGAGCUCGUCGCGCCCGGGCGCUGGGACCCGCCUGGCCAAGCGCGCCGGCGCCGCGACCUCAGACAAAGGCGCCGCUCACGCCCGGCCGCCGCGAUCUGGAGCUCUGCCGCGGGGAAGGAGACUCUGAAAGAUGCCGAGUUCCUGCAGCGGCUCUGAGUCCAGCGGAGCACAGCCUCGUUCGAGGUGGCAUGGGUGAGGGGGCGACAGAGGAUGCUGCCCCCGCUGAAGCCUCCAGAGAAGCCUGGCCUGGCAGCUGAGCACCCCUGGGAUUCGGGACUUCAGGUGUAACUUGGUGUAGAGCUCAUGCACACAGUGCUUGAAUCUCUCCAGCUUUCCUCACUGGCACUCACCAGGCUGGUCUGGGUUGCAGCAUCCAAGGUGAGCUGGUAGAAAGGGGAGCUGGUCAAGGUGGAAAGAAGCCCCUAGAAGCCUCCAGAAUCCGUUGUUGGAAUCCCUUCAUUCUGCUCAGGACACAGAGACCAAGCUACCAAGCUGCCUGGGGCUGUGAUACCACCGAGCUUUGGACCAGUGUCAGUAAAGAAACGCAGCUCAGCAAAGGCAUUGCAGCCCCAAGGAAUCUCUCUUAACAAAGGAUUUAAAGGGGAGAGUUUCUGCAUUUUCACUUUGUGGUCCAUUCUGAUAGACAACUUGACACUCACGUGGAUAAUGAGCCUGGUUUUUCUUUCCAAGAUGCUACCCUUGAAAGAAACAUGAGCCAUUGUAAGUGUGGAGGAGGGCUUGGGAUCCCCAGGAGUUGGUGGACAGCCCUCCCAGGGCAGGUUAACAAAGCAGCGUGAGCCUCCGGCUUCUGCAGCUCAGCAAGCAUGGACAUGUGCCACUCUUGUCUCCAGAGAGUUGGUGGCAGUGACAUCACCACAAGAAAAAGCAUCCCUUUGCUCUGGAACUUGACAGAAUGAGGUGUGCUGGGGAAGCCACUGGCCGGGACUUGGCCUUUCCUGACUGCCCCUCUGUCCCACGGGCAGCCCCUGACCACCACUGAGCCAACGAUGGCCGAGAAGGGUGACUGCCUUGCUAGUGUCUACGGGUAUGACCUCGGUGGGCGCUUCGUUGACUUCCGGCCCCUGGGCUUUGGCGUCAAUGGGCUGGUGCUGUCGGCCAUGGACAGCAGGACCUGCCGGAAGGUGGCCGUGAAGAAGAUCACCCUGAGCGACGCCCGCAGCAUGAAGCACGCGCUCCGGGAGAUCAAAAUCAUCCGGCGCCUGGACCACGACAACAUCGUGAAGGUGUACGAGGUGCUGGGGCCCAAGGGGGCCAGCCUGCAGGGCGAGCUGUUCAAGUUCAGCGUGGCCUACAUCGUGCAGGAGUACAUGGAGACCGACCUGGCCCGCCUGCUGGAGCAGGGCACCCUGACCGAGGAGCACGCGAAGCUGUUCAUGUACCAGCUGCUCCGCGGGCUCAAGUACAUCCACUCGGCCAACGUGCUGCACAGGGACCUGAAGCCCGCCAACAUCUUCAUCAGCACGGAGGACCUCGUGCUCAAGAUCGGGGACUUCGGGUUGGCGAGGAUCGUCGAUCAGCACUAUUCGCACAAGAUGGUAAAACCGAGGCCUGGAAAGGAAGAGAGACCCACUCAAGGUCACACGAUGAGUGGCUGGGCCAGGAGUGCAACGCCCGUGGUUCAGCUCCGUGUCCACCGACUUUCCUGGCCCCUCUGCUCCAUGGUCUUGCGGACCGGACAGGGUCCUCCUCGCUUUACGGGAUUCAUGUUAGAGUCGAAUGCAAGUGUGGAUGUCAAAGUACUUUCAGAUGGUUAUCUGUCGGAAGGCUUGGUAACGAAGUGGUACCGCUCACCACGCCUGCUCCUCUCCCCUAACAACUACACCAAAGCCAUCGACAUGUGGGCCGCGGGCUGCAUCCUGGCCGAGAUGCUCACGGGGAGAAUGCUCUUUGCAGGGGCUCACGAGCUGGAGCAGAUGCAGCUCAUACUAGACACCAUCCCUGUGAUCCGGGAGGAGGACAAGGACGAGCUGCUCAGGGUGAUGCCUUCCUUCGUCAACAGCACCUGGGAGGUGAAGCGGCCCCUGCGCAAGCUGCUCCCUGAAGUGAACAGUGAAGCCAUCGACUUCCUGGAGAAGAUCCUGACCUUUAACCCCAUGGAUCGCCUGACAGCCGAGAUGGGGCUGCAGCACCCCUACAUGAGCCCGUACUCGUGCCCCGAGGACGAGCCCACCUCACAGCACCCCUUCCACAUCGAGGACGAGAUUGACGACAUCCUGCUGAUGGCCGCCAGCCAGAGCCAGCUCUCCAACUGGGACAGGUACCCUGUGAGCCUGUCAUCGGACCUGGAGUGGCGGCCCGACCGCUGCCUGGACGCCAGCGAGGUGCAGCGCGACCCGCGCGCCGGCUCGGCCCCGCUGGCAGAGGACGUGCAGGUGGAUCCACGCAAGGACUCGCACAGCAGCUCCGAGCGCUUCCUGGAGCAGUCGCACUCGUCCAUGGAGCGCGCCUUCGAGGCCGACUACGGGCACUCCUGCGACUACAAGGUGGGGUCGCCGUCCUACCUGGACAAGCUGCUGUGGCGCGACAACAAGCCGCACCACUACUCGGAGCCCAAGCUCAUCCUGGACCUGUCGCACUGGAAACAGGCGGCUGGCGCGCCCCCGACUGCCGCCGUGGCCGCAGACGCAGGGGCGCGCGAGGACGAGGACGAGCAGGCCAGCCUCUUCCUGGAGAUCGCGCAGUGGGUCAAGAGCACGCAGAGUGGCCCAGAGCGCGCCAGCCCACCCCCAGAGGGGCCUGAGCACCGCUUGUCUGGCCCUGAGCACCGCUUGUCUGCCUCCCCGCCCAGCCACCCUGCCGCCAAAGACGGCGGCGCCAGCCCCCAGUUCGACCUGGACGUGUUCAUCUCCCGCGCGCUGAAACUCUGCACCAAGCCCGAAGACCUACCAGACAAUAAACUGGGCGAUCUCAAUGGCACAUGCAUCUCCGAGCACCCUGGAGAUCUCGUGCAGACGGAGGCUUUCUCCAAAGAAAGGUGGUGAGGGCUGAGGGGGCGCUCCAGCACAACCCCCAUCCCCACCCAGAAGGGCCACCUAGGAAAGCAGGGCCUGGUGGCAGGAGGCCAGCUCCCUGGCACCUCCACCGCCCCAUCCGCCCCUCUCUGCUGCCUGGGGGUUAGCAGAACACAGGAAGGAUCCGAGGAGCGAGAGGAAUGUCCAUUUCUUAAACUGCCUUAAUAACUAGCCUUUAACCUCUGGGAGCGGGUUUGAACAGGAGCCUAGUUUGGGUUGAUCACUGUCCCAGCGAAGAGGAGGCCCUUGCAUUUUCUAAGUGGUGGCGUGCAGGGAAGAAACGUGUCUUAGACCCAGUCCUCAGGCCCUGUCUGGGUGGGUGGACACAGGAAUCUUGCAGGCCUGGUGUUGAAACCAUCUGGCCCAAAAAGCUUCAACUGACAGAUGAGGGAAGACAGGGAGAAGCAGAGAAGCAAUGUCUAGCCAGUGCUUGGGCACGCCUUGAACCCUGGUCUCCUGGCCCUCAGCCAGUGUCUGUGCUCUGUAGAACGCCUCCCUCUGCUGGGUGGCGCUGGCGUUUCAGUCAGAGAAGUUAGUCCGAGAGCAUCUUCCCUGUCCGUGACCAUCUGACCCAUGCCAUUUUCUUUUAUUUGGAACAAUGUUUCUUGUGUUCCAAAAUUGAAAACUGAGCCAGGGUCUUUUCCCUCUGCAAGCAUAUUUUUUCUGGUGCCUCUAGUGCAUAAACAUCCUCAUUUGCCGUGCCCCUGCGUUUGCCUUCCCCCCUGCAUGAUCUGAAAUCUUUGUUUAGAUCAGGCCAGUUUGGGGUCUGUGGGUAAGAGAACUCAUUCUCCUAGGCCUGUGCACCCACCUCCUCUACACUUCUUGCACACUUUUCUGACACAGGUGCAGACAUGGUGACAGCUCUGGCUCCCCAAGGGGUGUCAUACACGGGUGAGGUGGAGGGAUAGGGAGCCCCUCCAGAGCUCCCACACCUAAUGAGGUGCUUACCAUGGAGCAAAUGUGUUAGGAGGGAAGAGUUCAGAAGGGCCCUAUCAGGUAUCAUGAAUAUUGCCCUUAAUUUUGAUCAACUAUUUAGCCCUGGCAAAGAGCAGGCCCUAAAAGAAGUUCAUUGGAGAGCAAGUGGCCUGGGGGACGAGGAAUCCAGGAAGGCAGGAAGAUGUGAGAGGUGAGGUGCCAACAGCGAGGGCACUCAGGGGUCAGGCAGCAGCAUGGAGACCUCAUGACAGCAGAAGGGACUCCAAGCAACCACGCCCCUCCUGGUUUAGGCCAGGGUGAAUACGGAACAUGCGCAGCCAGAGGGGCACCCCCCACGCAGAGCCUGGGGUGAUGGUGUGAGGGCACAGCAGCCCCUCUGCAGAAGCAGAGUCCCGGGACCUGGAAUGCCGUGCUAUUGCCACCGCUGGUGUUCAGCCCCACCCCCACCCCCACCACAACCCAAAGAUACCCAUGGGAAGUCUAGCCACACUAGGCAGAGGGUCCCCCGGUCUUGGUCUUAGCUGUGUCCACCUUCACUGCAACAGCACCUUAAAUCUAAUCAGCUAACUAGGAUUUGUACAUCGGAACCUGCAACAGAUUAGAAACUUCUAUUUAAAAACGCAAUUAAUCACACUGACCGAGUUUUAAAUGGAGACUACGUCAAUAUGAAGUAUUUGGUUUGGUUUUUAUUUCAAAGAAAAGGAAAGGUACCCUGCUCCUCAUGUGCCAUUUGUCCUCAGAGGGCGGCUUUCCGUUUUCAGUGAA